AUGGCGCCUCACCGUCCAGGAGGGUGCCACUCCCACCCGCGCCCGGCGCAGGCGUUUUCAGAUUUCCCGCAGUAUUCCAACAGCGGCGAGAACGACGCUCCACACACGUCGUCGCCCGUCGACAGCCAUUCGCGCUGUCCAUCUACGGAUCCAAGUGUUGUGUCAGGCGCAUCGCACGUGGCUUUCUGCGCGUCCGUGCCGUCAUUUUCGCCCGCCGAUUCGUUCUGCCCCCCGGCGAGCCUGAAACGCACUUGCGGCCCUUCACACGCGCCCGCAUCUCCACUGGGCCUCUCGCGGGAAGGCUCCGCAGCUGGCGUUUGGCACGCCGGUUUUUCUCAAGCUGGGGGCAGCCGGCAGGGUCACUUCACAGCCAGCCACUUUCUUCCGUUGUUGACAGAACUGUUCAUAGCUCUCUUCAAGUCGCACUGCUUCUCCUCCCUGGUCGUUCGCGUGCUGCAGGCGAUCGAGGACGAAAUCGUCGUCGACGACUCCUUCGUUCCUUAUCUCACAUCGCCUCGUGCCGACGCCCUGUGGACGAGCGGCUCGGCAGCCACGGGGCUGGGCGGUGGCGGCGACGAGCGAUUUCUGUCGGAUGCGACAGCGGACGACAGCGAGGCCCACGAGGGCGCGGGCGCCGACGACGCCUUCGCUUCUUUUCCUUCAGAAGCGGAGCCUGAUGCCGACAAGAAGGUACCGAACGCCCCUCGCUCCUCCGCUUCCUCGCCGUCCUCCUCGACGCCGCCGCUGGGACCUUCGCCCCCUCCCGAGCGCGCUGUGUCUGCGUCGGACCCCGCGAAGAAGGUCGGAACACGGUGGCCUCUGUUCUGUCCGCCAGUGAUCUCCUCGUUCGGCUCUCUCUCAAGCCAUAUGCCGAGCGGCCCGCUGGCUGGCAUGCCGCACACCGCGAGCGGAGCCUGUGGAGGGUCUGGCCUUUCCCAUCUUUGGAGUUUCGGCUUUGGCGCAUUCAGCGGGUAUGGCGGCUGUCGCCACACUGCCGGCGGGGAAGUCCCUUUUUUCACCAAGCUGCGGCUCGUUGAGGCCUUCCAGAGGGUCGACGCCAUCACCGGCAUGACCAAGCGAAAGGUCGUGCCGCCCUCGUUUCACGAGUGCCGCACCAUUCUUAAUUUGGCUCAGAUUCUCGCUAGCAGGUCUCAGCUGCGGCUAAUCACGAUGGACGGAGACGAGACUCUUUACCCGGACGGCGCAAACUUCACCGACACAAGAAUCGCGAAGAAAAUCGCUGCGCUGCUGCAACGGGGAACGAAAGUCGCCGUCGUCACAGCUGCAGGCUAUGGAUACGAGGUCGCACGGUACCACGAACGGCUCGGCUUGCUCUUUGAGUAUUUAAAGGACGCGAAUUUGUCUGCCGAGGCGGCGGGAAACUUUUACGUUAUGGGGGGAGAGUCAAACUAUCUUAUGCAACUCUCGCCGUCCUUCACGCUCGCCCCGGUCGAUGAAGCACUGUGGACUUCGUUCCGCCCUGGAUGCUGUCCGCUCGAUGCGCAGCGCCUUCUGGAUCUCGCUGAGGAGGCUUUGCGCACCUUGAGCGAAGACCUGAAGCUUCCCGCGUGUAUCUUGAGGAAGGCGCGAGCGGUCGGCCUCAUCCGAAAGCCCGUCAAUGAAGACAACGACGAGAGUAUCUUUGGCUUUGUCAGCGACGGGGGCAUGCACCGAGAGAACCUGGAAGAGAUCGUCAUGCGCGUGCGGCGCGUUAUCCGCGACGAAUUUGGCCCGCAAUGCAUGGUGCCGUGGAGCGCGUUCAACGGCGGCAAAGACGUGUGGGUUGACAUCGGCAACAAGGCUGAAGGCGUGGCGAUGCUUCAGGGGCUCUUUCAGCUCUCGCCGCGCGAGUGUCUUCACGUCGGCGACCAGUUUGGCGCGAGCGGAAACGACUUGCCGGCUCGCGUCUGCUCGCCGACAGCGUGGAUCGCGAACCCUCAGGAGACUGCGGCCGUGCUGCAUGAGCUGCUGCUGGUGAGCCCGGCGCCGCCCCAGGCGCCGUUGCCGGAGGUAGACUCGAAGGCGCAGCAGGCGCGGAAGCAGGCCUAG